AUGGCUUCGAUUCGUCCAAAGUUUUCGUCUUUAAGUUUAGAAGUUAUUGAAUGGUGUCAAAAUCUAAAAAUUCUUGAAGAAAAACUUGAGAAAAAUCAAUCACAAAAUGGAGGAGAAAUUCUACUAAAUAUGAUACUUAUAGAAGAAGAAUUUCUUAGAGAGGUUUUAAUCCUUAGCAAUAAUCCUUUAACGUACUCAUUAACCACUGCACAAUUCCAUUUGAUUAAAGCAGCUUGCCUGGUUAUACGUAAAACGCGUUUAUGUUUGCAACGAAUUGAAGAAUGUACUCCAAUAAAUGCACAACCAGCGUUAUUCCACGCUUUUAUUUAUUAUGGACAAGAUCUUAUUGGCGGGGAUCCACGUACUGAUCCUGUCAUUUUAUUCCACCGAUGGACAAUUAGAUCAAAAUAUAAACACAUAGACUUUGGGUAUGAAUUUGAUAAAGGUGAAAAAUCAGUUAAAUUAUUGGAAAAUCUUUAUCAAUCUUUGUCAAAAGAAUUUGAGGAUUCUGCUACGAGUACGGAUGUUCCUAGUCCUACUUCUAUAUCGAUCCAUAACAUAUUCCGAUGUCAAUUAGCAUAUGAACUAGGGGAAUAUUAUUUUUCAGCUGAUAAAAGGAAAUCUAUCGAAUAUUUAUGUAAAUGUAGACUUUCGGAUGACAAAUAUUUUGAAGAAUAUAAUUCAUUUUGUGAUGUAAACAUAUCACGUGUUGAUAAAUUAAUCAGAGCUCAAUUGGAAGUCCUAACAGUACUUUCCCCAGAACAACAAAUUAAUCACUUUAUACAAUUUGGACAAGACUAUGAGGGCAUUUUCUUGGUGAUGCUUAGAGCACUUUUGGAUAAUAUAUCAUUAAGAAUUUCCAAGGAUUUUCGAAACAUGGUAGUUUAUAAUGCGUUCAAUAAAGGUCAAAAAAAAUCUGCUAUCAAGAUUUCCAUAUGUAAUGCUUUCGAAUUGCCGCCAGGUUCAUCUUCAGAGGAAAUGAUAAAUUUGGUUCCAGAACAAUGUUUUCAUCAUCUUAAUCAUAAUUUUGAUGAGCGUAUAAUUGAAGAGAUAGUUAAGUUAAUCAAGACAUUAUAUGGUAACUUUCCCGGUUCAAAGAUGAGUGAGAGCCAAAAAAACUUUGUUUCUAGCUUUUUCAAAAAUAUCGACAAUAGUAAAGUUUGGAAAAUUCUAAAAAAGAUCGAAGGUUUCGAAUUUGUACAAUAUCCACUUGAACAUUUCUUUGAUGAAAUCGCACAAUUUAGUCUUAAAUAUAAGAAUUAUAAAUCUGGGAAUUUGGAGUUAAUUGAUGAUACUUCUACUAAUAAGUUAGACGUUGAACUCGAUUCUUUAUUAAAAGAGUUAAAUCUGGUGAGUCCGGAACGCCACGAAGCAAAUAAUGAUGUUGAUAUAUCUAUAGAGGAAGUCAACCUAAAUCAAACAAAACAGCAACGUUGGUUGGAGAUCACGGACUCAAUAAAAAAAUUACGAGAAGAUUUAGAUGUUGGAAACAUUGAAGAGAUUGAAAAUUUAUGCAUCGAUACUCUCGACAAAUAUGGAAUUAUGGAAUUUCAAAUUUUGAAAGAUUUAUCUUGUGAAUUAAUGGAAUUUUGCCGCUGGCAAUUUCUUAAACAAUUUUUAAAGAAUGUACAAAAGUUGAGACUUAAAGAUGAAUUCAAGAACAAAAUAAUCGAGCAUUUUCGAUUUUGUAAAAUAAUGACAUCAUGUAUUGGGAUCUUGGAGCCAUUUACAGAAUUUUCACAAGAUAUUUCAAAUGGUUUUGAUGCUACAAUGUAUAAAAAACAGUUUGAUAUAAUGUCUAACAUAAGCUCUGAUGAUAUUAAAAAUUUGAGAGCGUAUUCGAUGAAAUUUUUUAAGGCGCUAUCUUCUAGAGGAAUAGCUUAUAAGGAACAUGUCUUUGAAGUUAUUGCUAAUCUUGUACAUCAAAAAUGGAUUCACCAAGUUAUCGGAAGUAUGCUUGCUGGAUAUUUAUGUGGACGGCAACGUGAUCAGAAAUUGAAGCAAGUUAAUCCCAUGCUUUACGGUCCAUUAACAAUCAUAAUGAUGCCUGCUGAUUGUGCAGUAAGAUAUUGGCCAGAUAUAUCAUUUCGCAUGUUGCAAGUCUUGAACGAAAAUAUUAAACCAAUUAGGUUUGAUUUGUCUUAUGCAUUAAUGCAACUUUGCUUUGAAUCGAGGAAAAACAAUUUUCCUAAAUAUAUUUAUGAACUUCGCCUAGCUGAUUUAUAUCAUUUGCAAGGCUUUACUUCAAAAUCACUUAGGAGUAUCAUGAACGCAUUUAUUUCACACUCUUCUUUCUAUAUGAAUAUGAAAAAUAUUGAAGAUAAUAUCUGGCAUUCUUAUGCAAUUCCCAAAAUGAUUCAAUGUUGCCUAUCUAAAAAAGAAAUGAUUGCUGCAUUGGUAUGGCAUCAAUUUAUACGGGGUAACGUUACUUGGCAGGAAAAAUAUACAUUAACCACUAAAGUCAUUAAUAAUGGAAUAUUGCAAUCUUCAAUAUUUACUAGAUUUAUAUAUGAAACCAAAUUAUUAUUACAUGUUGUCGACACUUUGCAUAAAGAAGGAGAGCUUUCUAAAUGCAGUCAAAUCAUCGAAUGGCUAAAAUCUUCAAUACAAGAAGAGACACCUUCAAUUGCUAACAGUUCUUAUAUUAGCUUUGAUGCAUCUUUGCUAAGUGGUAAACAUGGUGACUCUACAUACAGAUUAAAAAAGAAAUUAGUUGGAGUGGAUAUCGACCCAAAUUAUCGCAAAGUUAAAAUUGAUGAAUUACAAUUUGAAUUUUUGAAAACAUUUAGCUUAUGGAUUGAUGAACAAUUAAAGCUGUAA